AUAAAUAAUGGCUUCGUGAUGACAUCCAACAAACCCUGAGAGCUGCGGUAGAGUUUUAUGUUUUCAAGGAUAGAGAAGAAUAGUAGGAUUAAAUAGAGAGGAGGCAAGGACAGAGGUGAAGGAAGAGAUACAAGAUGGCCAGAGAGAAGGAGGAAGCCUGUCUAGGCUUGGUGUCCUUCGUGUAUUCUUGUUCUCUUCUGCAAUGGAUCGUCAACGCUUGUGCUGGUUGCUUGGGCUUCCCGGUUUCUUGUGAUGAUCUCGAGGGUCCUGGUCCUGAAGAAGAAGAUGAUGGAACGGAUGCCAGAGUAGAGGGGUCCACUAUCAGAACCAGGCGUUCAAGAAGGCCUUCCAGGCCACCACCAAGCGAAGGGAGAGGAGGCCAGAUCAACUAAUAAGUUCCCAUCCAAGAGAGAGAACCGAAGAAAUCAACCUUAAAUCUAAGCUACCGUAGGUGUGCAUGAUCUAGCACUCAUCAGAGAGACAACAGAAAGAAUCAACCUUCAAUCUAAGCUAUUUUAGGUGUGUAUGGACUAGUAUGUAAAUUUAUGGGUACUUGAAUAAAAUUCUCUAAAUAUUUGUUCCAACCAA